AUGCCCUGCAUCCAGGCGCAAUAUGGCAGCGCGGCGCCCGGCGCCGGCGAGCGCUACCCGGCCGAGCUGCUGAGCGCCGACGGCGGCACCAAGUUCCCGGCGGAGUCGGGUGGCGCGGAGCUGGCGGCCGCGCCGGCGCUGCCCAGCUUCAGCACCUUCAUGGAGAGCUACGCGGGCGAGUUCGACGCCUUCCUCUACCAGCUGCCCGCGCAGGCGGCCGCCUUCAAGCUGGAGGACUUCCAGGUGUACGGCUGCUACCCCGGCGCCUUCGGCUCCCCGCCCGAGGAGACCCUCUCAUCCGGCGGCUCGGACUAUUACGGCAGCCCCUGCUCCGUGCCCUCGCCCUCUGGACCGGCCUUCCCGCCUGCGCCCGCCUGGGAAAGCUCCUUCGGCGCCUACUCGCCACCACCGCAGGGCUACGAGCCUGGGCGCUGCUGGGCCGAGGCACCCAAGGGUGCCGGGUGCCAACCGCCCUUCUUCGCCUUCGGGCCGGCGGCGCCCGGGCACUACGGCGUGCGCACCUGCGAGGGCUGCAAGGGCUUCUUCAAGCGCACCGUGCAGAAGAACGCCAAGUACAUCUGCCUGGCCAACAAGGACUGCCCCGUGGACAAGCGGCGCCGCAACCGCUGCCAGUUCUGCCGCUUCCAGAAGUGCCUGGCCGUGGGAAUGGUCAAGGAAGUGGUGCGGACCGACAGCCUGAAGGGGCGCCGGGGCCGGCUGCCCUCGAAGCCGAAGCAGGCGCAGGACGCGGCGCCCGUCAGCCUCAUCACGUCGCUGGUGCGCGCGCACAUGGACUCCGUGCCCAGCGCCACCAAGCUCGACUACUCCAAGUUCCAGGAGUCGGCGCCGUGCCGCUUCGAGAAGGAGGACUCGGUGGACGUGCAGCAGUUCUACGACCUGCUCACGGGCUCCAUGGACGUGAUCCGCAAGUGGGCCGAGAAGAUCCAGGGCUUCGCCGAGCUGCCCCGCGAGGACCAGGACCUGCUGCUCGAGUCCGCCUUCCUGGAGCUCUUCAUCCUGCGCCUUGCCUAUCGCUCCAAGCCCGAGGAGGGCAAGCUCAUCUUCUGCAACGGCGUCGUGCUGCACCGGCUGCAGUGCGUGCGCGGCUUCGGCGACUGGAUCGACGCCAUCCUGGAGUUCUCGCAGAGCCUGCACCGCCUCAACGUCGACGUGCCCUCCUUCUCCUGCCUCGCCGCCCUCGUCAUCAUCACGGAGCGCCACGGGCUGAAGGAGCCGCGGCGCGUGGAGGAGCUGCAGAACCGCAUCGUGGGCUGCCUCAAGGAGCACGCGGCGGCGGCGGCGGCAGCACCCGAGGGCGCCCGCGCCGGCGCCCUCUCCAAGCUGCUGGGCAAGCUGCCCGAGCUGCGCACGCUCUGCACGCAGGGGCUGCAGCGCAUCUUCUACCUCAAGCUCGAGGACCUGGUGCCGCCGCCCCCGCUCGUCGACAAGAUCUUCAUGGACACGCUGCCCUUCUAGGGGCCGCCCCCA